UUCAGCUUUGCGCGCUCCCGCGUCGCUCGUGGGAACAUUCGGUGUCCCGGUCGGGAGCGCGCGCCUCUGUAGCUGCCCGUCAUCACCGCUCGUGCUGACGUCACGCGGAGGAUUUGCUACAAUGUCAAACAUUGACAGGCAGCAGCAGCGCGAGCUCACGGCUUCCCCGCGCCACGAUGACCAGCAGCAGCGCCGCGUGCCGCCGCUCCUCCUCUGAACACACAUCCACUUUGUUAUGGCUUUUAUAAUCCGUGUUCCUGGACAGGAUGCUCUAAAGCAGGUCUAUGUGAGUGUGUGAGCCAGGUCAGAGGUCAUGCUGCGGAGGGAACCUGACUCCCACGGCCUCUUUUCCUCCGGAGAGACGUCUGACAAUGACUGUGAGAUGGGGGCGAGUUGUGGAGAGGUUGAUGUAGUGUGUCUGUGCGAGGCCGGUCCCUGUACACUUUAUUCAGAAGCACACACGCCCACGCCGGACACGCUGCUGUGUGAACACUGUGGAAAAAACAGAGUAACCGUAACCAGGUACUCUGAGGGAUACGGCACAGAGGAGGAGUGUGUCCUGUCUGACCCUCAGGGGGAGAGCGAUGCAGACGCUGAUAUCGAGGACACAGAUUGCAGACUCCAGGAGCCGGGUUCCCUUCAGCGAAUCAGCUCGCGGCGACGUAAGCGUCCGCGGGUCGCACGGCAAGACACCACGGAGAGCGAGGACGACGGGGGGCGGAGCCACAGGUCACACCGCUGGAACCUCAGGCUCAGUCCUGACAGAGCACACAGCAGGACCAUACUGGAGGAGAGUAUAUCCCAGGUGCGACCUCUGGUCAUCUGCCGGCCGAACGUCCAGCGGAGUCCAGUCGAGCUGCCGCGAGGCUCCAAACGCCUGGCGUCUCUGUGGCCGUCCGCUCUCUCUCUCCCCCUCAUCCUCCUCCUCCUGCUGCCGCUCUCCCUCUCCCUCGUCAUCGUCAUCGUGUCUUUCCUUCUGCCGUGGGCCAGCGCUUGACCCCAACACGUCUGUUUCAAUAGUUUCAUUACAGCUCCGACAAUGCCGUGGAUAGCACAAAAUGGAAACAAAAAGGUGGUUCUUUACCGGGAAUAGCUACUUAUUGUUUUAUCAUUCCAUAAUUAAUCAAUUAUCGAUUAAUGGUUGUUAAGAAUUUGGUUGAUUACGUGAAAUUUUAAAUCGAUCUGUGUAUUUUUUUAUUUAAAUUUUAUCUCUGACUGUGUAUCAGUAUCACUGAACUGAAACACGGCCAAACGUUCAGUUCUGUGGCCGUACGUCAAUAAGCCAACCAGCGGAGAAUUAAGUUGGAUAAAGCUAAAGUUUGCAAACUGAAAGUUUCAUUUGAGCAAAACUAGCUUACUGUAUGCAACCUUGCUAGCAUGAAUUACUAGUUUUAAUUUGAUCCAAAACUAAUUUUCACACAAAACACACUUAAAUAUGCAAGAUUACUGUGAAAACUAACCUCAUGCCUCUUCGGGGCUAAAACAUAAAACAUUGAUCUCCUUGACGUUAUAUUUACAAUUUAAUCUCACUUGAGUUAGUUUUAUGAUCAACCUUUCAUCCCUUCAAAAUAAAAGCGUCCGUUAUCAAAACAGGCUUUUGCAUAGAACUAUAUAUAUAUUUAACCGAUUAACUGAUUGUCAAUGUUAUAGAUACUCAAGUUGGCAGGUUUCUUCCAAUCGGCCAUCCCUACUCGGAACAUACAGAACAUACAAUUUUUUUUCUUUUUUCUUGCAGACCUGCCACUUUUAAUCCCAUAAAUCUGCAACUUUUUUUCCUCGUAGAUUUGACACUUUAAUCUCCUAAAUCUGCAAGUUUUUUUUCUCAUAGAAUUGCCACCUAUAACCUCAUAAAUUUGCAACUUUUUCUCAAAAUACUACCCCCGUGUUACCACCGAUGACAUUGGUGGUAACACAGAAGGCACAAACUAUUGACACAUGGCAGUUCAACUGUUUGACAUUUAUACACUCACUCUUAUUUUUCCAUCAAACCAAUGACAGGUUGCAUAAUUCUUUGAAAAAGUGAAAAGUGGUGAAACUAACCUGCUCUGAAAUGGGGUUUUUUGUAAACCAAUUUUAUCCAUUCUCAAAUUUGAAAAAGAAGCCUAAUUCAGCACCAAAUGUAUGUAAAAAAUGGUGUCAACCCCCAAAUUGUUGCAACAACUUAUAGUUGAGCGUGGAAAUAGACUUCAGAAAGCCAAAAAAAGAUUAAUGUUCUAAACCCUCUUACACCUUCAUAGGUUUAAUCUAUUGAUGAAUUAAUUAAUUUUUCUUCAAAUUAAUCUUCAGGUUCACAGCUUUCGGAUGAUGUACACCACUUUUAUUGUUGACCUGCUAUCUCCCCCUAAAAAUCCACUGCCCACAACCCCAAAUUCUCUAUAAAAAGAGGCAGAAAUAUAUAAUUAACUCCAUAUUGUAUUUUGAAUAUACAGAUUUGACACAUUUUGGGGCCUUUUGUUCACAUGUUGAAAUCCUUUGAUUCUGCGGCUGUUGAAACCACUCUCUCUGUACAUUAACAUCCAGAAUCUCAUCUCAUCACGGUGAAAACAACAUAAACUCAGCGCUUGCUUUUUCGCCUCAUGAAUUCUCACCUUUCUGUCUCACUUUCUCACCCCCUCGUUUGUAAAAAUAGACCUCUCGUCUCGCUCCUUUUUUCUAACAAGCCACAGGAGUGAUAUGCGGGGGAAAAAGGUUUCAGGGCUGCACAGGUACAUGGAAAAACAGGAAGAAAAACCACAUGCUCAAUAGGAAAAUAUUUAAAAGACGAUGCUGCUGAACUAUGCAAUCCCUCUGUUCCUACCACGGCAUCUUAACUGCUGUUGAAAGAAGUCUCUUAUUUCUUUGGCACUGUCACCACCUCCCUGGCCCCUUCCCUUUCUCGUUGGAAUACAGGGAGUUAUGCUUCUAAAAUAAGAGCAUGACCCAAUUUAAAAAGCAAUAGCAGGAGAGAUCUGAUACAGCUCAUGAUCUGCACUACAUCUGUUGGAUAAAUGAGUGGAUUACACGUAUUAUUUACAGACUGAUUUAAAAACUUCUCACUGGCUGCACUUGUGUAUGUUUUCAGUAAAAUAAGCCGACCUCACGGUAAAAUGAGCUUUAGUGGAACUUGUGUUGAAGCAGUCGUUACUGUAAAACAGUCUUACGGAUCUUUACUAUUAUGUUUAAUGCUAUUUAUGUUAUAUCUAUAUUUAUGAAUUGUUAUUUAAAGGUACAGUUCACCCCAAAAAAUUAAAAAAGAGAUGUUUAUUUUUCCUCUUAUUUAUUUAUAAACCUAGAAUGUUUUGAUAUACGUUGGUACAGGGCAAAAAAAAAACAUUUGAAAAACUCAUUAGCAAUGUUGAUGCCAGAAUUUAUUUAUUUUUAAUCAUGACCUGAUAAACCCUUUUGAGUUUUGGGCUAUUUUGUUUGGUUUUUAACCCUUUUAAUUCUGCCUAUAUAUACCACUUAAAAAGUUUUACCAUGACAUGCUGGUAUCAUCAACCUCGCCUAUAUGACCUGAUAAUUAUUAUUUUUUCACUUUGACUUAAUGGAUCAACAUUUUCAACACAAAAAACACACAAAAAACUUAAAUUUGGGAUUUUCGGGUUUUGAAAUUCAUGUUUUUUUGAUUGAUGAAGAGUUUUAAAUGGUGCAAAUGCGAACACAGGUUGCAAAUAUAACACACAAGAGGUAAAAAGAGGAUUAAUAUAUUUUUAUACUAAAUAUAUUUGACCUGUUCUCCAGUACUUUAGAGGGAAGUUGACAGCAGGGAUGAAGGAGUCAUGUGAUUGGCGACUCCAGACGGUUAAUAAAGAUAUCCACAGACCUUGUUUUUAACAGUUUCAUGUCAUAACUAUUUAUCUCUACCAAAACACACCUGUCAACUGUAUCACCGUGCACAAGAAAGGAUGCAUCGACUCACGGACGAUAGGAUCAUGCUUGUAACAGAGUGAGAUGUAAACAUUAAAGGCGCAGUACACGAUACUGGAGAAAGGCAGUAUGUUCCUUAAUCUCAUUCCCCGUCAUUUAAUACAGACGCUUUGGGUUGGCGUUCUGUCCCUUUACUGUAAAAAAAAUAAAAAAUCCAGAAAUGUCCUAUAUUAUUUUACAAGUUUACUUUUAAUACAAAUAUUAACCUUUAAAUUUAAAUUGCGUCAUAGUCUUGAAUGUUAAAUUAUAGUGAACUAUAUUUAAAAAAUACAAACAAAAAAACAUCAUAAAUCAGGGAAAAAAACUGAGAAGUCAGGCAGCAAAAGUUACCAAACACAAAAAACUUAGUUAUUCUACAGAUAUCUAUUU